GUGGUUUGGUGAUGGGUACAGGCAUCGAGUCAUCCUCUCACAUUUACGGGCUGUUUCAGCACAUCUGCGUAGCGUUUGAACUGGUUUUAGCUGAUGGCAGCUUGGUUCGCUGCACUGAGGAGGAGAACUCGGACCUGUUCCACGCCGUCCCGUGGUCCUGUGGAACUCUGGGGUUCCUGGUUGCAGCAGAGAUUAAAAUAGUGCCGGCUAAACCCUGGGUGAAGCUGCACUACGAGCCGGUCAGAGGGCUGGAGAACAUCUGUAAGCGCUUCACUGAGGCGUCGGAGAACCGGCAGAACACGUUCGUAGAGGGCCUCCAGUACUCUCGGGACACCGCCGUCAUCAUGACGGGAACAAUGACCGACCACGCCGAGUCUGAUAAGAUCAACAGAAUCGGCCUUCACUUUAAACCCUGGUUCUUCAAACACGUGGAGGGCUACCUGAAAGACGACCAGGCCGGAGUGGAAUACAUCCCUCUGAGACAGUACUACCACAGACACACACGCAGCAUCUUCUGGGAGCUUCAGGAUAUCAUUCCCUUCGGCAACAACCCGAUAUUCCGCUGGCUCUUUGGAUGGAUGGUUCCUCCUAAGAUCUCGCUGUUGAAGCUCACGCAGGGCGAGACCAUCAGACGGCUGUAUGAACAGCACCACGUGGUCCAGGACAUGCUGGUUCCCAUGAAGAACCUGCAGGCCGCCAUCACGCGCUUCCACGAGGACAUCGACGUUUACCCUCUGUGGCUGUGUCCCUUCCUGCUGCCCCCCGGCAGAGGGAUGGUCCACCCCAAAGGUCAGGAGGAGGAGCUGUAUGUGGACAUCGGAGCUUAUGGAGAACCUAAAGUCAAACACUUUGAAGCUAAAGCGUCCACACGUCAGCUGGAGAAGUUUGUUAGAGACGUGCACGGGUUCCAGAUGCUGUAUGCAGAUGUGUACAUGGACCGGGAGGAGUUUUGGGAGAUGUUUGACGGACAGCUGUAUCACAGACUGAGGGAGGAACUCGGCUGUAAGGAGGCCUUCCCGGAGGUUUACGACAAAAUCUGUAAAUCCGCCCGACACUGACCCCCCCCCCCAACAUCACUGGUACCCAGACACAGAGGCUCUGUGUCUGCAGCACAAAAACAAACUGUUUAACACAAAGAUACGUCUCAGAAAUAAGCUCUCUGCACACAGUACUACAAGCUAAAGGCUUACAUUUUUCGGCAACCAAGCUGUGUCUUAAGGCCCUUCUGUCAAAGCAAGAGCACAAGUAUUGUAUGUCAUGAAUAUGUUUUUUCCCCCCCUUUCUCUAUAGAUUAUUUCAACAUCCAUGUUCUCAUUUCAUUUCUUUAUUGCUUUACCAAAAAAAAAAGCCUUAAGUGUAAGUUUAUGGGAGCAAAUUGGACCAUAUUUUUUAUUUUUGUUUUGGUUUUAAAUGUGUAUUUUUGGCCGUGUUUCACUACCUAAUAAUUACCUACAAGUGCCAUACACUUUGAAAACAUGACUUGAGUCAAGCACAUAUUUAAAAUACAUACUUAUGUAAUAAAUAUCUGAAAAAGAGAAACCAAACCAGCUAUAUUGUUACUCAUAGGAUGCCUAUUCUGAUAUUUAAAAAAAAUCAUAUCAUCAGGACUUUGUAAGGAUUUAAUUAAUUAGUUUAAAUUCUUUCAUUCUCAUGCAUUUUUUAAAUAUAGAUUCUUAAAUUGGUUUUUUUUUGGGGGGUAAUAAUAAUAAUAAUAAUAAUAAUAAUUAAGCCUUUAUUAGUCCCACAAUGGGGAAAUUAUUUCUCUGCAUUUAACCCAUCCCGGAGGAGCAGUGGGCUGCAAUGAAGCGCCCGGGGAGCAACUUGGGGUUAGGUGUCUUGCUCAAGGACACCUCGGCAUGUUGCCGGUAGAGGGGUUUGAUACAAUGCAGCACUGUAGUAAUAAUUGUUUUCACAGCUGUCACAUGAACAUAGUCAAAGCUAAUUUAUUUGCUCUGAGCAGAUUUGUUUGACUAUUUGAAUAACGGCCCAGUGCAAAACUGAUCUCUUUUCUUUCUGUAACUUUCAACUUCUCUUUUCAUUUGUGGCAUAUAGUGAAAUAAAUGAAUAUGCU